UUUUUAUAAUAAUUAAAGUAAUAAUAUUUAAAUUAAUAAUAAAAACCUAUCUAUGAAAUAUUUGAGUCCAAAUGUCACACUACUAUUAUUAUUUUAUGAUUAUAAAAUUAUAGGUUAGAAUUUUAGAAUCAAACCAGUAACUUAGCAAUUUUACCAUAAGCAUCGGUGGUUCAGUGGUAGAAUGCUCGCCUGCCACGCGGGCGGCCCGGGUUCGAUUCCCGGCCGAUGCAAGAUACUUUUUGCAUCUUUUUUCAUCUAAUUAAAUCCGAUAAAAUCUCCCUAGCUGUAGCAAUAAUUUAUAAUUACCGUAAUUAGUAACGUAACUUCACUUCUAUAAUGAAAGUCGGUGUUCUGUGUAAUUAAGUAAUGAAUUUACGACCUUCAUUACCCACAAAAUGUGUGGAAUGGUUUAUUACGUUUAUAAUUUUCAUGUAAUUUCAUUAUUUAUCCUCUUUAGAAAGAUACAUAGCGUACCUAUAGACUAUUGCCUUCAACCACUAAACAAAAGUAACUGCAACAUGACUCCGACUCCGGUCUUCUCUUACUACAAACCAGGAUCUAGAUGCGAGGUAGAGUUUUGGAGGGGCUGCCCGACCUUUAACAAGUUUCCAGACGAAGCACUAUGCUCCCAUUACUGUAUCGGGAAGUUAUUUAGAUAUCAUGAAGAGGAGAAUACAAUAAUUCCAGAUAAAAUACGUAACUAUACGUAUCAUGUUCCAAAAGAUCCAUGUGAGGGAGAACUCAAUACGACUCAUUGCAGUGAACAAUCAACGACAGUGUACACAUUUCAUGAUAAUUAUUGCGAGGAAGCAACUUGGUGGGGAUGUGAGACGGGCAACAAAUUCGACGAUGACAAAACAUGCGAAGAAACUUGCUUGAAAGAAACAUCUUUAAACAAAAAUGUACAAAACUGGAAACAACAACUUCAUUUAUUCCAUCCUGAAGAAGUUAAAGAAAUAGACCAAAUUAUAGAUAAUGUUAUAGAAUCUGAUGUAACUACAGACAAUACAAGCACACAGGAGGUGACUACUGAAUCGACUACAGAGAUUGUAACUAGUGAAACAACAUCUACAGAACCUGUUCAAACUACUGAAUCAACAACUAGUGAAGUACCGACAACAACAACACCAACAACAACGACCACAGAAACAACUACAACUUUCACAACGACUGAAGCACCAGCUGGGGAUGCUGACGAAGUUAUUACAACAUAA